AAUGAAAUGGCAACCGAGUACCUCAAACAAGAAGGAAGCGACAUAACGAGUUGUUUAAGAGAUAUAUGGUAUGAAACAUUUCUUUCAUGGCUUGUGGAAUCCGAGUGGGGGAGCAGUGACAGCAUACCAUCAAUGGAUGAAUAUCUUAAAGUUGGAAUGAUAUCCAUUGCCACUCACACCACAGUUCUACCAGCUUCAUGUUAUUUGAAGCCAAGCUUACCAAAUUCCAAACUCCGACCGCCGAAAUAUGAACCCCUUACAAAACUGCUCAUGAUUAUUUCCCGACUGUUGAAUGACGUGCAAAGCUACAAGAAAGAAAAAGAUGAAGGCACACCAAACUCUGUUCUACUCCACUUGAGAAACAACCCCGAGGCAAACAUUGAAGAGGCAAUCUCUUACGUGGGAGAGAUGUUGAACAAGAAAAAAGAAGAGUUUCUUGAGCAUGUUUUGAUGGAUGACUUGACAGAUCUGCCCAAAGAAUGCAGGCAUCUUCACCUCUCUUGUUUGAAAGUGUUUCAGAUGUUCUUCAACUCUUCCAACCGUUAUGAUUCCGACACCGAAAUGCUUGAGGACAUUGCCAAGGCAAUCUACAUUCCUCCACAAAUUCAUUCCUCAAAGAAUUAUAAGCUUCCGGGUCUUGUAAAGGCUCCGGUACUAGGAUCCUUUCCUACGGAAGCAAACGUCACGAAAUGUUCAGCCAUCAAAUUAUUUCAUGGCCGCUUUGGCAAGCCCUCCAAAAAUUUCAUCACGAGCAGUUUGUCUGUGCGUCAGCGUUCUGUAACGUAUGGCAAUGUCAUGCUGUGACGUGUUGUAAUGUGUCAAGUACAUUAUAUUUUAUGCAUGUUUACGUCAAAUAAGCAAAAGCGUUUACUCGCUUUAAUUUGUGCUCUAUUGUCUUGGUCGUCCUUUUGUGUAAUAUAAGAUAUUAAGAUGAAUAAAUAUUACGAAAUUAAGAUA